AUGGAGCCAGGUUGGAAACAGACCAAACUCUCUCUCGAACGACCGUAUAAGAAUGACAACGGUGAAGCAAUACCAGUCCUUUACGACAUCACGUCGGACGGUAUUUUACACUAUGAGCCCAAGGAAACUCCGACUGAGGUGCUUGGUCGAAAUCUCCAACGGAUCUACGAAGAACGUGGACUGGAAUUUUUUGAACUCUUGAAGGAUGGAUCUCUGCAAACAGGCGUGCUGCCCUCCGCAGACGCAGCCGACAAACGAGAAGAUGAAUCUCAAGAUACCGCGUUCGAUGAAGAAAGCAAUCACACAAUGACCAAGGAUGAGCUUUAUAAAUUGAAGAUGGAGGUUAUGCCCCAGCUAUACAUUGCUUUGGGAGAAAUGACGUUGGCUAGAGACCUAUUAUCAUCUAUUCUGGCCUCCUCUAACGGGCUAUCUACAGCCUUGCCUUCCAUUCUGCAUUCCAUUGCUGCUCCGGAACCCCAGAUCCAACAACCGGAAUCUCUACCUCCGUUGUCUGCGACCGUAGUCACAAAGCCGCCUUCAAUUGUGUCCGUGCAAGCGUUCAACGCACAGUUGGCUAUAGGAGGGAAAGACGAAGCUUUAAGGAAAGCUGCACAUCUCUUCAAGUCUGUAGCUACGAGAAUGGAACGUGGGAGGUUGCAGAACGAAAGGUAUUGGGUUGACGCGCUCAAAAUACGUCGCGGUAACUGGGGACUUGUUCCCGCACCUCUGCCACCUGGAUCCGCGACAGGCAAGGGCGCUGACAAAACCUCAAAAGACUUCAUAAUCUCGUAUGGACUGGAAGAAUCACCUCCGAUACUUCGAAGAAGUGCUAUCGCCCACAUGUCCUACGGCGGUUCUGAGGAGGAGUCUUUGAUAUUACCACAGCGCUUCAAUAUUCGUCUACGCGUCUCUAUCGGCAGCCCAGAUGCUUCCGGAAAUAUUGUAUAUUCUCACAAUGCUCUCGAAGUCUCACCUGAGGAUCAUGCGCUUUCCCUUGACGAACGUCUGAAAGAUGCCCAGCGCGCGGUGAUUGAACAAGAGAUUUUCUCGAUACUCGUACACGAGGCAGGUACAUUUCCUACUGCCUCCGCUAGAGUUUCAGAAAGACUUGUCCUUGUGGAUGUCACUCAGGGAAUGGAACUCAAAUUUGAGCUGGUUGAUGCUGGUAUAUUCUCGUUGGGGAUGUCUUCUACUCAAAAUCCUGUCAAUCAAGCUAAAUCUGAUUUCAUAUACCACUACCUCCUCACCCUUCUCUUACGACGACAUGCCUACGUCAAAGCUCGGCGACUUGGUACAGAUUCAUCCUCCAGUUUGAGUAUCUCUAGUCUGGAUCCAUCUCAGGCCAAUCUUCCAAUAUUACAACCAGUCAUCGACCAGUUGCAGUAUCAAAUCUUCUGUGAACGUAUCCACUCGCAGUUGAAUGUAGUCAAAGCUGCAUUAAUUGCUGCUGGAAUACCUUCAAUGCUUCGAUUUAAUGCUGUAGGCGAGAUUGGAAGCGAGUUGAUCAAGAUUCCUGUCGAUGAAGAGGCUCGUCCAUUGAGUGGUGUGUGUACUCUGAGAAUCGACAAUCGUCAUAAUCUGAGAUUGACUCUGGUAUCGCCGUCUGCUCUGACUGCUCAUUUAUCGCAAGCAACGAUAUCGAUUUCCUCCAUGCCUCAGUUGUGCGAACUACUCUCUGAUGAGGUUGAACGCUUUUUCCUGGAGCGGAUAUGUGAUGUGGGGCGUCGGAUAUGCAACGACAUGGGUGCUGUCUGGUUUGUAGACUUGAAUCGGUGUGUUGGGCGAUGGGAAGGUUGCGUCUUAAAUUUUCAGAUCACCUUCGGACACAAGUUCAAGAUCAUAUGUAUAGCAACACGUCUUAGUCGUACCGACCCAAAACACCCAGUCGUCGACACGUACGACUCUUCAGAUGCAGAGAAGAGCUUGAUUGAUUGGGUCCAACAUGUUCUUGGAAAUGCUCUGAACGAAUAG